AUGUUGCUCACCGUCACAUUGCUGGUGACGGCCGUUACGUUCGUGUACGUAUAUUUGGCCUGGCACAGCAACUACUGGACAAAGCGGAACGUUCCAGGGCCUGCUCCGCGACUGCUGCUCGGUAGCUUCCCCAGCUUCAUUCUGCGCCAUCGGUCGUUCGUCGAAGACUUUCAAGAAAUAUACGAUAAAUACCGCUCAAAGGCCAACCUGGUCGGAGUCUUCAACAAUCGGCAACCGGCGGUGCUAGUAUUGAAGCCAGAGCUCAUCAAGGAUGUGCUGAUGAAGAACUUUAAAAAUUUCCAAGACAACGAGUUUGCCGACUCGAUCAGCAAGGAGAGUGAUCCCAUCUUCGGACGCAAUCCCUUCAUGCUCAAGGGCGAAGAGUGGAAGGAGAAGCGUGCCGAAGUGACACCGGCAUUCACCACAUCGCGGAUGAAGGCUCUGUUUCCGUUCGUGGAAGAUGUGGCACACCGGAUGAAGCAGUACAUUUCGCAGCAAACCUCCAAGGGAGCGAUCGAGACGCGUGAACUGUGCGCCAAGUACACGACAGACGUCGUGUCCAGUUGCAUUUUCGCGGCGGACGCUCAAUCGUUCACCAAAGAGAAGGCUGAAAUACGUGAAAUGGGUCGCAAGUUGUUGGAACCGAACUUCCAAAUACUUCUAAUGUUCAUACUGAUCGGUGUAGCACCUGUGCUCAAGAAGAUCAUCAAGAUCUCGUUCGUGUCGAAGGAGAUCGAGCAAUUCUUCACGAACCUGAUGGAAAACGCCGUUGCCUACCGGGAGCAGAACAAUGUGAAGCGUGUCGACUAUCUCGAUCAUCUGAUCAGUUUGCGCACGAAGAAGCAACUCAGCUCGCUCGAUAUGGCUGCUCACGGUGUGACCUUCUUCAUCGAUGGGUUUGAAACGUCCAGCCUGGCGAUGACCUUCACGCUGUACGAGCUGGCCAAGAAUCCUGAUUGUCAAACAACGCUGCGGGAAGAACUGAUGGCCGCCAGCAACGAGGACGGUACGAUCGAUUACGAUUCCUUGCUCGAACUGCCCUAUCUCGAACAGGUGUUGCAAGAGGCGCUCCGCAUUUGGCCACCGGCUGCCUUCCUGUCGAAGGUGUGCACCGUGCCGACGGAGGUUGAAGUAACCGAGGGCAAGACGGUACUGAUCGAACGUGGCAUUCCGGUCAUGUUGCCCCUAUGGCCUGUCCAGCGCGACGGAGAAUAUUUCGAGGAACCCGAGCGCUUCAAUCCGGACCGGUUCUCUCCGGCGAACGGUGGCACCAAGGUGUACCGUGAGAAGGGAUGCUUUUUCCCAUUCGGUGACGGACCGCGGCAGUGUCUCGGUAUGCGAUUCGCGCUGAUGCAGGUUAAGCGUGGCCUGUUCGAAGUGAUCACCAAGUAUGAAAUUUCCCUCAACGCCAAGACGAAGCAACCACUGCAGCUGGACCCGAAAACGUUCAUUGUCUGCCCGCUGGGCGGUAUCUGGUUGGAUUAUAAAUCGAUCACGGCAUAA